GAAGAAGUCGUGGCGGGUAGUUUUAAAUACUCGUUAGAUGCGAUAAGAAGAGAGUGAUGGCGCCUCUUAUCCUCCCACCUCUCGCAGCUCCCUCGUCUUACCCAUUCCACUUCCUUCCUUCUUCUUCUUCUUCUUCUUCCUCUGAUCCUCCCUACGACAUUCUCCGAACCCACCCUUCUCUCUCCCUCCUCUCCAAUUGCAAAACCCACCAAUCUCUCCGCGAAAUCCACGCCCAGAUGAUCAAAACGGGACUCCACAACACCAACUACGCUCUCAGCAAGCUACUCGAGCUCUGCGUCGUCUCCCCGCACUUUGACGGUCUCCCUUACGCGAUCUCCGUCUUCGAAACGAUCCGGGAGCCGAACCUGUUGAUCUGUAACACGAUGCUUCGCGGGCUCGCGGCGAGCUCGGACCCUGUUUCGGCUCUCGAGCUUUAUGUUCGUAUGGUUUCUCUUGGGCAUCUUCCUAACUCGUACACGUUCCCGUUUCUGUUGAAAUCUUGCGCAAAGUCGAAGGCUUUCGAGGAAGGGAGACAGAUCCACGCGCAGGUUUUGAAGCUUGGGUGUGGUCUUGAUCGAUAUGUGCACACUUCUCUGAUCUCUAUGUACUAUAGAAACGGUGGAUUGGAAGAUGCACGCAAGGUGUUCGAUUCAAGUUCUCACCGAGAUGUGGUUUCCUGCACAGCUUUGAUCACGGGUUAUGCUUCAAGAGGCGAUUUUAGUAGCGCACGGAAGGUGUUCGAUGAAAUUCAUGAGAGAGAUGUAGUGUCGUGGAAUGCAAUGAUUACAGGGUAUAUCGAAAACGGUAGAUAUGAAGAAGCGUUAGGUUUGUUUAAAGAGAUGAUGAGGACGAACGUUAGGCCAGACGAGGGUACAUUGGUCAGUGUAGUUUCUGCUUGUGCUCAGUCUGGUAGUAUUGAAUUAGGUCGUCAGGUACAUUCAUGGGUUGAUGAUGAUGAUGAUGAUGAUCAUGGGUUUGGUUCAAGUCUCAAGAUUGUUAAUGCUCUGAUCGAUUUGUACUCGAAAUGUGGUGACGUGGAGACAGCAUCUCGUCUGUUCGAGGGAUUGUCGUAUAAGGAUGUAGUUUCCUGGAAUACAUUGAUCGGUGGUUACACGCAUAUGAAUCUUUACAAAGAAGCGUUGCUGUUGUUUCAAGAGAUGCUGAGAUCAGGUGAAAGUCCAAACGAUGUGACAAUGCUAAGUGUUCUUCCUGCUUGUGCACACCUUGGAGCCAUCGACAUUGGAAGAUGGAUUCAUGUGUACAUCGACAAGAGGUUAGAGGGUGUUACAAAUGAAACUCCUCUCCGGACUAGCCUUAUUGACAUGUAUGCCAAAUGUGGAGACAUAGAGGCAUCCCAACAAGUGUUCAACAGCAUGCUUUAUAGAAGCUUGUCGUCUUGGAACGCAAUGAUAUUUGGAUUUGCGAUGCACGGGAGAGCCAAUGCAGCAUUUGAUCAUCUCUCAAGAAUGAGAAAGAAUGGGGUUGAACCAGACGAUAUCACCUUUGUUGGUUUGUUGUCUGCUUGUAGCCAUUCAGGUUUGUUAGAUCUAGGACGCCACAUUUUCAAAUCAAUGACACAGGACUACAAUUUAACCCCAAAACUAGAGCAGUACGGGUGCAUGAUUGAUCUUCUAGGCCAUUCUGGUCUAUUCAAAGAAGCGGAAGAGAUGAUACACACGAUGCUGAUGGAGCCUGAUGGAGUGAUUUGGUGCUCUCUUCUCAAAGCUUGCAAGAAGCAUGGGAAUCUUGAACUAGCGGAGUCAUUUGCACAGAAGCUCAUUAAGAUUGAACCAGAAAACUCAGGUUCUUAUGUACUUCUAUCAAACAUCUACGCCACAGCAGGAAGAUGGGAAGAUGUAGCAAGAAUACGAGGGAUCCUCAAUGGUAAAUGUAUGAAGAAAGUUCCCGGUUGCAGCUCUAUCGAAGUAGAUUCUGUGGUCCAUGAGUUCAUCAUUGGGGAUAAACUCCAUCCACGGAGAAGAGAAAUCUACCGUAUGUUAGAAGAGAUGGAUGUGCAACUUGAGGAAGCAGGGUUUGUUCCGGACACUUCUGAAGUGUUGCAGGAGAUGGAAGAAGAAUGGAAAGAAGGAGCGUUAAGGCAUCACAGCGAGAAGCUAGCUAUUGCAUUUGGGUUGAUCAGUACAAAGCCUGGGACUAAACUUACGAUAGUGAAGAAUCUAAGAGUGUGCAGAAACUGUCAUGAGGCUACAAAGCUUAUAUCAAAGAUAUACAAAAGGGAGAUUGUUGCUAGAGACAGAACUCGGUUCCACCAUUUCAGAGAUGGUGUGUGUUCUUGCUGUGACUACUGGUAAAAAGAACACAUUAAGCAAAUGGGAUGGUAAAAAAUCUAAGAACAUUCACUUAUGUAAGUGUAUAUACAUGUGAAGAAAUAGCUUUGGCGAAUCCUUUUGGGUUCUUUUACUUUGUGUAAUUAUUCUUUUCAAAAAAAUAAACUAGUUAUUUAUGGU